GCUUGCUUCGACGCUUCGACUACAACCGUAUUGUACUCGUAUAGUCUUGGUCUGAGCUUCUCUCCAUCCAUUCAACUUACUAGUAGUCUAUGUUGAGCAGCCAGCUAGUAUAGUUGGCUCUUGCAAUAUCAAUAAGUGAGGGUGCAUUGAAACAGUAGAAAUCAUGGGCUGGUUUGAACAAAAGGAAUUUGCGCACUUUGGCGAGCAUCUCGCGGGCACGUUGUUUUACGGUGCCAUUGGCGGAUCCAUGCUGGCAUUGACGUAUGUUCGUCUGAAAGCCCUUGCCAUUCCAACGUCACGUAGUGGUGGCAAUGACAGCACCAGUACAAGUAUUAAUAGUACCAGCAGAAGUAUCUAUGCUACCUUUGCCGACCGUCAUAUUCCGGAACGGUCGUUUGCCGUGCUAAAAGCAGGGGGGCUCUUUUUGAUGACAGCCUCAUUGGGUGGUUUUGUGGCGCAAAUGAUUGGAUCGACUUACUUUUUUGGAACUCCCUUUGCGCCUGGUCCUCUGGUCAAUGAAUUCCACUUCAUGUGCUACUUUCCCAUUGGAUUUGCCGCCUACUGGGAAUCCCGCCACAGAUUGCCACUCGAUUCCGCCCGGACCGUCUUGGCAUUGAUGCUCCUGAUGGAUGGUAUUUUGGUGAUUGAACGAUGCGAGCAUCGAGAACGAAAUGUGUUUCGCAAAAUGCACAUGAUUUGGGCUGGUCUCAUCCUUUCCAUUUCCAUUGUCACGGGAUACUCGGUCCGAAACCCCACCAAUGUCCCUGCGUAUGUCACGGGAUGGGCACUUUUUGUCGUCAUGGCCAUCUGGACGUUGUUCAUCCCCUACGUCAACUGUUGUGUCGAUACCAAGGACUACACCAUCAUGGCCUUUAUGGCAUGGUUGUUUGGAAUCACACUCUUUUCGGUCUUGUACGUUGCCGUCUUCAAGCUACCUCCCUUUCAUGCCAAUAAACACAUGAACGAAGACAACCAGCAAUCCAAUGAAUCCGUUGCUCUGGUCGGCAGUUGACAUUGACAACAUAUACAUGUAGUAAACACAUUGCGGUGCUGCUCAGCUAUAAAAAUAUUUGUCUUUCUUACUCACGC